AUGCCACUCACCGUUCUGAGCGAUAAAGACGUCAGCAAGAUCCUCCACUCCUUCAACAAGGAAGAUAUCCUCGAACUUCAGGAAUCCCUUGCCGAUGCCCUACACUGGUAUUCCACUUCCAACGACGCGAAUGACUGCUGCUCGGACUAUCAGCCCGAGCGAACGCAUCUGAAGCGUAAAGAUGGAUCAACUACGCUGUUCAUGCCUGCUUCGGGCAUGGAUGGACAGGGCGUUAAAGUCGUGAAUAUCGUGCCUCCUGAUCAGGUGGGACUCGCUGCUCUGACGGAGAAUUUGAGCUUGGGGAGUUCGGAUGGGGAUUCGAGGAGUUCUUCUAAUGAAAGUUCGACUUCGAGGCAGGAGAGCAUGGAUACGAGGGGUUCUUCUUCUUCGACCUUGCCUCCUUCUGUUUCCGAGUCUACGGAUGGUGCCGGGCAGGGAGAUGUUUCGACUUCCGAGAGCAGUGGUGGUUCUACUUCGACCAUCAGAGGCUCUCUUACGCUCCUGGAUCAGCUGGGCAAUACGACGGGUCUCAUUAACGCCGAAGAAGUCACGGCUUUCCGCACCGCCCUGGCCUCCACCAUGCUCCUGAAGAAACGCCAUUCCGUCCACGACAUGACCGUCUUCGGAGCCGGCAAACAAGCCUACUGGCACAUCCGCCUCGCCCUCCUCCUCCGUGGCGAGGAUAUCCACCACCUCAACGUGGUCACCAGAAAUUUCGACAGCGCGAGGAAAUGUAUCAUGCGACUCUACAACCCUCAACCGGACGAUCCGGAAUACGUGAACCAUGUCGGGGAGAGAUAUAAUAGCCAGACGAAGAAGAACAUCCUGACACCCAUGCAUGGCGAAUACCGCCGGCUGUUGAAGGAGUACGUACGCGCGAGUAACGUCAUCUUCUGCUGUACACCGAGCACGGAACCGCUCUUCCCGGCUACCUAUCUCACGAAUCCGGAGGGGAGGAAGAAGGGGCGGUAUAUUGCUUGCAUCGGUAAAGAUUCACACCCCAACCCCAACAGAGAUGGUAUAGUACUGUAUCAUUGACGAAUUUUUCCUUUUCUUCAGGUUCUUAUAAACCACACAUGUGCGAACUCCACCCGGACAUCCUCCGCUACGCCGUCGCCCCGCAUCACGAACACAAACACAUCCACAAGAGGCAACAAGAAGGCGGAGCCAUCCUCGUCGAUACCGUCUCCGGCUGUCUCAAGGAAUCAGGCGAGAUCCUCCAGGCGAAACUCACGCCCGAUCAGGUCGUGGAGCUCGGGGAACUGUUUAUGCUGAAACGGGACGCGGAACGGGAAAAGGGGAAGAAGAAGGAGGAAGGGUGUAAUUUCCAGGAGAAUUCCGGGUUGAAGGAUUGGUUGAUGAGGGGCAAUGUGAUUUAUAAGAGUGUGGGGUUGGGGUUGAUGGAUGUGGUGGUGGGCGGGGAGUUGUUGAGGAAAGCGAGGGAGAGGGGGAUUGGAGUCUUCAUUGAGCAGUUUUAG